CACAAAAACUCCUGGCUGACCGGGCUGGGAGACUCGCCCAGAGAACGCGAGGAGGCAGCAUGGAGAACGGUCCGCCCGUUUUCGACAAGCCCAAGGUAGAACUGCAUGUUCAUCUGGAUGGAGCCAUUAAACCUGAAACUAUUUUACAUGUUGGCAAGAAAAGAAAAAUUGGUCUCCCUGCUGAUAAUGCAGAAGGCCUCCUAAAACAUGUUAGCUACAAGGAGCCACUCUGCCUCACAGAGUUUCUAGCAAAGUUUUCCCUCUACAUGCCAGCAAUUGCGGGAGACCGUGAUGCUGUGAAAAGAAUAGCUUAUGAAUUUGUGGAAACAAAAGCAAAGGAGGGAGUCAUCUAUGUUGAGGUCAGGUACAGCCCUCACCUUCUUGCCAACUGCAAAGUGCACCCUGUUCCUUGGGGCCAGGAAAAGGGAGACCUCACUCCAGAUGAAGUGGUUAACCUUGUUAAUCAGGGAUUAAAAGCUGGAGAGGAGGCUUUCAACAUCAAAGCCAGGUCUAUUCUAUGCUGCAUGCGCCACAUGCCAAGCUGGUCACCAGAAGUGGUUGAACUCUGUAAAAAGUAUCGGAAUGAUUCUGUAGUUGCUAUAGAUUUGGCCGGGGAUGAGUCAAUAAAUGCGGAAACCUGCCCAGAACAUCGGAGAGCUUAUGAGGAAGCUGAAAGAUGUGGCAUUCAUCGGACUGUUCAUGCUGGUGAAGCUGGCCCACCCCAGGUCAUCAAAGAGGCAAUCAACAUCCUAAAGGCAGAGCGUAUAGGCCAUGGCUACCAUGUCUUGGAAGAUGAAUUUCUCUAUAAGCAGCUAUUGAAACAAAACAUGCAUUUUGAGGUAUGUCCUUGGUCAAGUUAUCUCACUGGAGCAUGUAAACCCAACUUUGCUGAUCAUCCUGUAGUAAGGUUUAUGAAGGAUGGUGCAAAUUAUUCCUUGAACACAGAUGACCCACUCAUUUUUAACUCCACAAUUCACACAGACUACAAAAUAGCAAUGGACAACAUGGGCUUUACUGAGCAGGAAUUCAAGAGACUGGUAAGUAGGUUAGGGCUUGUUCCAUUUGGAAAUGCAUUGCCUGGCUUUUCUCAUGCAGCCAUUUUCCAUCUAAAACCAUAUGCUUGCAACUUCCAUCCAAGUAAAUGUGCUUAGAACUGAAGGCAGUGUUCUGCUUCUCAAAAAGUUGCAUUUUUAGGGCAGAGAUGAUUCUGUAGAAACUUACCAUGACAGGCAUACAGCUACAUGAAUAGACUGUCAUCGAAAUGAGAACUAACUCACAUCUUUGAAAGAACAUUUAUCCGUGAAUCUAAGAUGCCUUGUUUUGUACCUUAAAAAUCUGUUUUUGAAGGCUACUGCUUUCCUUUAAAACAACAAAAGGGUGAAAAUAUGGACUUAGAAGCAGCACAGCUAUACAUUAUUUCUGUUUGUGUGCUUCAGCAGCUCAUGGGAGGCUUUGUGCCUGCAGAAAUACCAAGUUGAUACUUUCUUGAAUAAAGUCACCUUCAGCU